CCAAUAGCCCACUUAAUUUGACUUAAGACGUUGAGGGCUUGAGGCUGCAAUCACACCAUUUGACCUGCGAAUUCUUUUAUUUCCCAGGUCUCAUAAUUUCAAUCUCGUUCUCGGCACGAGCAAACUAGUGGGGAACAGAAAGAAGGGGGCUGGUCCCAGUUGCUGUGAAUGACCUUUCCUGCCCAAUUUCUUUCUUGAUUGGGAUAGGGUUUCGUUAAUCUGAGUCUUAAAGAGUCGUCUUCAGUGCAUCACGUAGUCCUCGCUCAGUACCGAUCAUUUCUGUUAAAAAGAAGUAAUCUGAGAAGAUGGCGGAGGAACGGUCUGCAAUCGCAAAAGAUAUUACUGAAUUGAUAGGGAAUACGCCGUUAGUAUAUCUCAACAACAUUGUGGAUGGCUGUGUGGGCCGUAUUGCUGCCAAGCUAGAGAUGAUGGAGCCUUGCUCAAGUGUUAAGGACAGGAUUGGGUAUAGUAUGAUCACUGAUGCAGAGGAGAAGGGCCUCAUAACACCAGGGAAGAGUGUCCUCAUUGAGCCUACUAGUGGUAACACCGGUAUUGGGUUGGCCUUCAUGGCAGCGGCUAAGGGUUACAAGCUUAUCAUUACAAUGCCUGCUUCAAUGAGUCUUGAGAGGAGGAUCAUUCUCCGAGCUUUUGGAGCUGAGUUGGUCCUCACAGAUCCUGCUAAGGGCAUGAAGGGGGCUGUUCAGAAGGCAGAGGAAAUUUUGGCAAAGACACCUGAUGCUUACGUAUUGCAGCAGUUUGAAAACCCUGCCAAUCCCAAGAUUCACUAUGAGACUACUGGACCGGAGCUUUGGAAAGGCUCGGGUGGGAAAAUUGAUGCCCUUGUUUCCGGUAUAGGUACCGGUGGUACAAUAACAGGUUCGGGGAAAUUUCUUAAAGAGAAAAACCCUAAUAUUAAGCUAUACGGUGUGGAACCAGCUGAAAGUACAGUGCUAUCUGGAGGAAAGCCUGGCCCACACAAGAUCCAGGGUAUUGGAGCUGGUUUCAUUCCCGGGGUAUUGGAAAUUGAUAUCCUUGAUGAAGUUGUUCAAAUAUCAAGUGAGGAAGCUAUUGAAACUGCAAAGCAGCUUGCACUGAAAGAAGGUUUGCUGGUUGGAAUAUCUUCUGGUGCUGCCGCAGCUGCUGCAGUUAAGAUUGCAAAGAGGCCAGAAAAUGCUGGGAAAAUGAUUGUGGUUGUGUUCCCCAGCUUUGGAGAGCGUUAUCUGUCCUCUGUGCUGUUUGAAUCAGUGAGGCGUGAGGCAGAGAACAUGACUUUUGAGCCUUGAGAUGUUAUUCACCUAAUUCUUUAGGAUUUUAGCUUAAUCUGCUUGUUGGGUCUUAAAUGUGAAGCAAGAUACCAGUAGGUGUUGGGUUUGUUUUCUGUUUCUUCUUGGUUCUCAGUACAUCUUCUUGGUUCGAAUAAUUUUAAGCAUUUCAUUUGAUGAAGAAAGGGGUUUCUUUUUUCUGUA